UCUCUCCCUCAUUCGCCUAGUAGUCCAGAAGCUGAGGCCCCCGGUCAAAUUUACUACUUGCAAGCAUCCUUUUCCCCAUCUCUCUCUCUCUCUCUCUCUCUCUCUCUCUUCCCCCUACAUGCAUCAUCAAGCUUUGAGGAGCUCGCUUUCUACAGUGCUACUCUUUUCACUGCUAAAGCAAAACCCCUGAUGUUGAGUUCUGAUCCGUCCUAACAUCAGAGUUGAAGGAGAAUAUGUGUCUAAAUGUUAUUUGAAGGCAUUAUGGUCAUGAGAGAGGGUGCUGAACAAUGGACUUGUUUGAUCUGAUCUAAGUAUUUCUGUUUUCUGAUGGCCUCGAAAACUGCAGCAAGACCUUCCCCUGAACAGAAGCAGAAAGCUUUUGGUUCUCGCCAAACAGUAGAGGCAAGUGAUAACAGGCAUUUGCCUUCGCUGGUCUCCGAGACAAACAAGCUCAAGCUGGUUACUCCUGAAAAAUUACCAGAAUGUGAACAAACCGCAAUGAAGCCAGUUAUAAGAGAGGCUUUGGAAAGUAAAAAAUCAUCGAAUUCUAAUCAAAAGGGGUCUGCCAAUGCAUCAGCUAAAAACGCUGAUUCAAAUGUUUCAUCACCGAGUGUUGAACAAGCAACCAUAGUGGUAGGCCCUGCACUAAGCGAAACUGGGGCCUCAGUUGAAGUAAUUGUAGAUCAAGAUAAGAAAGCAUCAGAGCAUGGAGGUGUAAAGGAUAGUUCAGUUUCUGCCAAAGUUAGCGGAACCAGUAGCCUAGGCAAAACCAGUGGUGGUGCGAAAAUUAGCGGCCGUAUGGAUUUUGUUGAUAGUGGAAAGAGCAGCAUGUGUAGAGGAAGCACAAGCACUGAUUUGAGCGAUGAGAGCACGUCUAGCAGCUUCAGUUGCAGUAUCAGCAAGCCCCACAAGGCGAACGAUUCAAAAUGGGAAGCCAUCCAAGCUGUCCGAGCAAGUGCAAAAGAUGGGGUCUUGGGUUUGAGCCAUUUCAGGCUUCUGAAGAGGUUGGGCUGUGGUGAUAUCGGAAGUGUCUACCUGGCAGAAUUAAGUGGAACCAAGUGUUAUUUUGCUAUGAAAGUUAUGGACAAAGGAAAUCUAGCAAGUCGAAAGAAGCUUCUUCGUGCUCAGACGGAGAGAGAGAUACUUCAGUCUCUAGACCAUCCCUUUCUUCCUACAUUGUACUCACACUUUGAGACUGACAAGUUUUCAUGUUUGGUGAUGGAGUUCUGCCCAGGAGGAGACUUGCACACUCUUCGGCAGAGGCAGCCUGGGAAGCACUUUACUGAGCAGGCAGUGAAAUUUUAUGUUGCAGAGGUCCUCCUAGCUAUGGAAUAUCUCCACAUGCUUGGUAUUGUCUAUCGUGACCUUAAGCCUGAAAACGUUCUUGUGAGGGAAGACGGACACAUAAUGCUCUCAGACUUCGACCUUUCACUUCGUUGUAUCGUUAGCCCUACUCUUGUCAAGAGCUCUUCCCUAGAAUCUGAGCCACUUCGAAAGGAUCCCGUUUAUUGUGCCCAGCCAGCUUGCAUUGAGCCUCCUUCCUGCAUCCAGCCCUCUUGUGUAGUUCCCACUACAUGCUUCUCUCCCCGCCUCUUUUCUAGUAAAUCCAAGAAAGAUCGCAAACCCAAAAACGAAAUCGGCAACCAAGUCACCCCAUUGCCUGAGCUCAUAGCUGAGCCAACCAGUGCCCGCUCCAUGUCAUUUGUCGGGACCCACGAGUACUUGGCUCCUGAGAUCAUCAAAGGCGAGGGUCAUGGGAGUGCUGUGGAUUGGUGGACUUUCGGGAUCUUUCUAUAUGAACUCUUGUUUGGUAAAACUCCUUUCAAGGGAUCAGGGAAUCGAGCCACAUUGUUCAAUGUGGUGGGACAGCCUCUUCGGUUUCCAGAAUCACCGAUGGUAAGUUUUUCUGCAAGGGAUCUGAUUAGAGGACUGCUGGUUAAGGAACCGCAGCACAGAUUGGCUUAUAAAAGGGGUGCCACAGAGAUUAAGCAACACCCAUUCUUUGAAGGCGUGAAUUGGGCAUUGAUACGAUGUGCUACCCCGCCUGACAUUCCAAAGCCAGUUGAUUUCGAGCGAAUACCAGCCCCACCAGUACCAACGAGUGAGAAGAAUGCUACGGUUGCACCACCAGCUCCUGAUCAGAAGGGUUCCACUAAUUAUUUGGAGUUCGAUUUCUUCUAGAUAUAGUAGCAUAGAUUGGGAUUUGCUUUUACUUUUAAGGGGGAACAAUGUUUUGGAUGGUGAGAAUGUAUGUUUGCUGCUUGUAGCUAACAGUUUUCCAAUCUGUAUUGCUUAUGAUUGCAUGAACUACCACAAUUUCAGCUCACUGGCUUCAGGAAUGUGGAGAAAAUACAGUCAUGAAAACCGGAAGCUUAUGGCUUCAAGCUGCACUACUCCAUUCAUGGAAAAUAGAUGUAGAGUGACGAAGACUAGCCGAUCAAUGGCCAUAUUCACCCAAUAGAAUCUGUUUUAGGGUAUGUUUUCAUUUGAAAGAUGUAGCACCAAAACGACAAUGUAGCCCUUGUGUUCGCAACGUACAAAUGUAUGUCAUCUUUAUGUGCUGCUACCAUUGUGACCA